AUGCACGGCGGCGACGGGUCGUACUACAUGGGCGGCGACGACCGCGGCGGCGGCGGCGGGGAUCCGUCCGCCAACGUCGGGUUCCAGAGCGACAAGCUCGACGCGUCGUACCACUCCCCCGCGUGGCAAGAGGCGCACAUCAAGUCGCUGCAGGAUUUCAAGCGCCCGACGCUGGAGGAGUUCAAACGCGCGGAGAAGGAGCGCGAGGGUAAGCUGCAGGCGAACGCGGAGGCGACGGAGAGGGAGACGGCGGCGUUCCGGAAGCAGCUGGAGGCGGACCGCGAGCGACGGCUGGCGGGCGGGCGCAACCAUCGCAAGGAUGCGGGGGGCGUGCGCAAGGGAAAGGUGAGCAAGAAGGAUAGGAAGCGGGAGAAGAAGCGGAAGAAGGACGGGAAGAAGAAGAAGGAUAAGAAGGAGAAGAAGGAGAAGAAGGAGAAGAAGAGCAAGCGGAGCAAGCGGAGCUCGUCCAGCGGCUCGUCCAGCGGCUCGAGCGAUUCGGAAAGCGGCGGCGGCGGCGGCGACGACGACGACACGGAAAAGUUUCGCCUCUCGGGGUUCUUCAGUCAAAAAGACGAUUGA